CAGAGGAGCAGGGGGAGGAGGGAGACUUGUGUUAGUGCAACACUCAUGUGCUUCUAGUCACAGCUGCAUCAUUCUAAAUACAGCCUGCUGCUGCCUGUCACCCAGUGGGCAAUGGAAAUAGCACAAGCCUCUCUUGGGAGAGUGAACCCUCUGCUCACUGCCCAUUCGUAGGAAGAACUAGAAUGUAAACAAAAAGUCAGAACUGCCACAGCAAAAGGCUUAAUCCUCCUUCUUUCUCUUUGGAGAUAGUUGCUUGUAGUGAGUGGUGUGUCUUGUUUGCUGUGUAUCCUCCUCCUCCCACCUCCUCCUCCUCAGCAGGGACCAGCCUCGCACCAUGGAGGGCAGCUGUAGCCUGCAAAGCCACGAGCAGGAGGGCAUAGAGUCCUGGCUGGACGAUCACUGGGACUUCACACACUCCUACUUUGUUAGGAAAGCCACGAGAGAAAUGGUCAACGCAUGGUUUGCUGAACGAGUUCAUACAAUACCGGUUAGUAAAGAGCAAGGAAAAAAUAAUUCCGAGUCUAACCCUCAGGUGUGCCAUUCAGAAAAUACGACUCAGGGAACUCCAGCGAGGAAGAUCUCAGCCUCAGAGUUCGAUAGGCCCCUAAGGCCAAUUGUUGUCAAAGAUUCAGUCGGAACACUGACAUUCCUUUCUGAUUCUGAAAAGAAGGAACAGAUGCCUCUUCAACCACCCAGUCUGUCCAGAGCAGGAGAUCAGUGCUCAAGGCUUUUGGAACUGGUGAAAGAUAUUUCAAGUCACCUUGACGUCACAGCACUUUGUCAUAAAAUUUUUUUGCACAUCCAUGAGCUAAUAGCAGCAGAUCGGUAUUCACUUUUUUUAGUUUGCGAGGACAGUUCCAAUAAGAAGUUUCUGGUCAGUAGACUGUUUGACGUUGCUGAAGGUACAACAGUGGAACAGGCUUCAAACAAUUGCAUCCGUUUGGAAUGGAAUAAAGGGAUCGUUGGUCACGUGGCAGAGUUCGGUCAACCCUUGAAUAUAAAAGAUGCUUACCAGGACUCCAGAUUCAAUGCGGAAGUCGACCAAAUUACUGGGUAUAAAACACAAAGUAUUCUUUGUAUGCCAAUUAAGAACCACAGAGAAGAGGUGGUUGGUGUAGCACAAGCAAUCAAUAAGAAAUCAGGAAACACUGGGACGUUUACUGACCAAGAUGAAAAGGACUUUGCUGCUUAUUUGGCAUUCUGCGGGAUUGUUCUACACAAUGCACAACUCUAUGAAACGUCACUGAUUGAAAACAGAAGGAACCAGGUGCUGCUUGACCUUGCAACCUUGAUAUUUGAAGAACAGCAAUCACUGGAAGUCAUCUUAAAGAAGAUUGCAGCUACUAUUCUGUCAUUUAUGCAGGCUCAGAGAUGCACAAUAUUUAUGGUGGAUGAAGAUAUUCCUGAUACCUUUUCAAGUGUGUUUCAUAUGGAAUCGGAUGAAUUAGAAGAUGCUGCAGAUGCUGUAAAAAGGGAAUAUGAUGUGGGAAAAAUGAAUUAUAUGUAUGCACAGUAUGUAGCAAAUACAAUGGAACCAAUUAACAUUCCAGACAUCUGUAAGGACACAAGAUUUCCAUGGACGAAUGGAAAUGAAGAGAAGAAUUUCAAGCACAUUCAGAGUCUACUUUGCUCCCCAAUCAAGAAUGCCAAGAAGAAUAAAGUAAUAGGAGUCUGUCAACUUGUAAACAAGGUGGAUGAAAACUCUGGCAAAAUUAAGGCUUUCAACAGAAACGAUGAACAAUUUCUAGAAGCCUUUGCCAUAUUCUGUGGCUUGGGAAUUCAGAACACCCAGAUGUAUGAAGUUGUGGAGCGUGCAAUGGCCAAACAGAUGGUGACAUUAGAGAUUCUUUCAUAUCACGCAUCUGCUGCUGAGGAAGAAACAAUGGAGCUGCAGGUAACAGCGGGAGCCAUUGUGCCAUCUGCACAAUCGCUUAAACUGACGGAAUUCUACUUCAGCGAUUUUGAGCUUUCUGACAUGGAAACCACAUUAGCCACAAGUCGAAUGUUCACAGACCUCAACCUUGUGCAGACCUUCCAAAUGAAAUAUGAGACCCUUUGCCGGUGGAUCCUGAGUGUGAAGAAGAACUAUAGAAAAAAUGUUGCAUAUCACAACUGGAGGCAUGCCUUUAAUACAGCCCAGUGUAUGUUUGCAGCCCUGAAAACUGGCAAGAUUCAGAGCAAGCUGAGUGAUGUAGAAAUCCUUGCACUGAUGAUAGCCACCCUGAGCCAUGACUUGGACCACAGAGGGGUUAACAACUCUUUUAUACAGAGAAGUGAACAUCCUCUAGCACAGCUGUAUUGUCAUUCCAUCAUGGAGAACCACCAUUUUGACCAGUGCCUCAUGAUACUUAAUAGUCAGGGUAACCAGAUUCUAAGUGGCCUUUCUGUUCAAGACUACAAGACUGUUCUGAAGAUGAUUAAAAAAGCCAUCCUUGCUACUGACUUGGCACUAUACAUUAAGAGAAGAAGUGAUUUCUUUGAAUUAGUGAACAAGAAAAAAUUUAAAUGGGACGACACUUCACAAAAAGAAUUGUUUUUAGCAAUGCUGAUGACGGCUUGUGAUCUAUCUGCAAUAACAAAGCCUUGGCCAGUUCAGCAACGGAUAGCUGAACUUGUAGCCGCAGAAUUUUAUGACCAAGGGGAUAAAGAAAGGAGGGAACUUAAUAUCGAACCAAUAGACCUGAUGAACAGAGAAAAGAAAGACAAAAUACCCAGCAUGCAGGUUGGAUUUAUUGACGCAGUCUGCUUAGAACUUUACGAGGCCUUGACGCAGAUCUCUGAAUCGUGUUACCCUUUACUUGACGGCUGUCAGAGGAAUAAGCAGAUGUGGCAGGUCUUAGCAGAGCAGCAGGAAAAGAACCUGGUGAACGGAGAAAAGAGUCAGUCGGAAGUGAACUGCAACAUGGAUUAGAAGAACAAGAGAAGCCUGUCGUUUUGUGGUACAAAAUAGCGUUACACUGUCUGAAGAAUUUUAUAUUUCGCACCAGCUGUAUUUAUUCCUUUCACGUAGAUCGUUUCCUCUAAGGAAAAUGUAAAUUGUAUUUCUUUAUAUUAUUUUUAAUAUUGUUAUUUUUUCUAAAACUGUUCAUUGUCUGAUUGUAUGUAGCGGGGUAACACAUUUCUCCUGUCAGUAGGGCUUAAACUGCUCACUUUCUAAUCACGCGCACUUCAUAUUUUGUAUUGUCCUACAUGGACUAGUGCCUUAACAUGUAGUCUCUCUUUUUCCAAAUAGCUACAGCUAAAGUAUGAAGAAUUAACUGAUAGUUAUUUACCAAUGAAAACCCCAACCCUGCAACCCACACCAUAGACAUUGCUAAAGCAUAAGGUAAAUAUGUUAUAAAUAACCCCCAGUGGAUCCAAAAUGAUAAAGCAACUACAUACUCACGGGUAAAUUAUUGAUAUUAUACACUCGUUUUUAGUGAUGGGCGAAUUUGCGCCGUUUCAGUUCGCCAAAAAUUCUUUUUGACGCCGACACCCGUUUUUGACGCCGGUGCCCGUUUUUGACGCCGGCAUCCGGAUUUUUUCGGACGAAUUUUCGCGGGCGUGAAGCGAAUUUAUUCGCUGGGGGCGACUCUCCCAAAUUCGGCGCGAAUAAAUUCGCCCAUCACUACUCGUUUUUUCAUUGGGAUUAAAAGUCUAUGAUAAAACAGUGGAACGUCUACAGCAACCUUCCAACCUGUAACCCUUUUUCAUUAAAGGAAACUGUCAACUGGUUAUAGCACAAAUAAAACACAGCCUAAAAGGUAAUAUGCCUGUAGAUUUUAAAGGUAUAAAAAUGAGUUUGUAUUUAAAUCAACUUUCCAAUAUAAAGUAAUUAGGAAUUAUCAAUGAUUUUCCAUUUGUAUGUAAAUGUAAUUCAUAUAGAAUGCAGUAGAAUCUGUUUGCCCAGUUCUAGACUCUGCUUUGAAGCAAUGUAGCACAUACCUCCCAACUGUCCCGUUUUCAGUGGGACAGUCCCGUUUUUGAGAGCUCAACUUCACAAAGGUUUCAGGGGUUCAGCCGAAUCCAAAAUAGUGGAUUAGGUGCUUCCCUAGUAAAGAAGCAUGCAAGGCUGACUUCAGCUGCAAGUGGCAACCCUUAUGCCUUAGUAAUAAAAAGGGAAACAUUUUCUGUUUAGAGAAAAAUACAGGGAAGAUGUUUCUUUCUAAAAAUAGAGCAGUAUAUCAGAGCAGGACUCAUAGGGGCAGAAGCUCAGUCUAGUUUAAACUUUAUUUGAGUUUUUAUGGCACCGUUUGACAAAGAGCAUGUUCCUAAUUUAUGGCAUUUGGGGUUAUAAAGCCUAAAUAAUUAAUACAGCUAACAAGAUGUCAAUGUGGCAGUGAGGGGGCUCUUGCAAUGUCUAUAUCCAUUGUGGUCCAUCAUUUUACUGGGUCUGUUCAAAUUGAUCAGCCAGUUGGAUGUAUUCCAUCAAAACUCAAUGUUUUGGAAUCCUGCAAGAAAUCUGAUCAAAGUUUGGUAUGAGUUUGCCCAUAUGUGUACUGUGACAGGCUGCUAUGAAACACCUAAUGAUGAGAAUCUGUUGACAAAUGAGAGGGGCCAUUGCUGCCUUAGCCAGUGAUUAUACAAUGGCAGCCUGCAGGGGUCACUAUAAACCAAAUAAGUAAGCACAAAAGGGAAAAAAAAGUAUUCAGGUCAUAUGCUUCUGUUUCCAUUACAUAAAAAUACAGGUUUGGAAUAUAUGCUUGGUCCUGUGAUUUUCCACUGUGAAGUUUAAAUGAUAUUUAAGGGGGUAUUUACUAAAACACAACUUUUUCUCAAUAUUAAAAAAAAAAUUGACCAAACACUCAAGCCCUAAUCCCGUUAAUUUACCAAUAAAUCUGAACCAAAAAAAAAUUGAGACAAAUUAAAUUGUGCGACUUUUUCAAACUGAUGCCCGAAAAACCAAAAAUUUUUCAAUUUGACACCCGACACCGCGACUUUAUCGGCUUAUUGAACGAAAACCAGCCUGAAACCCUCAAAGAUUAUGAAACCAAGAAUCAUUUUCAAAUUGUAAAAGGGACAUCUGCCAUUGACAUUUACAUGAUUUCGGUUUUAGCUGGAAUAUUUUUGGAUUUG